AUGUUGUUAAUAGUUGUGAUAUAUUGGUUGGCGUCGUGUCUAUCACUGCCGGGAAUCGAUGGCCAACAGAACCCCACGAUUUCGUUCAUAACGAAGGAGAAAGUGGUCAGUAUUGGCGACUCGUUAGAGAUCUACUGUCAGGUGCAGUACGCGAAGGACUAUCCGGUGGUUUGGACUAAAGUGAAUAACGAUAACCCCAAUAAUGCUCUCUUCAUAUCUCGCGGGUCGACAAUCAUUGUACCCGAGAGUCGCUAUUCCGUCCGACACGACGAGAAGCAAUCCAUUUAUACGUUAAUUAUAUCGAAAGUACAAGAGAUCGACGCCGGAGAGUAUCGGUGCGAAAUUACUACUGGAAUCUCAAGCAAAGUUUCGGCGGACGUUCAGGUUUACAUUCAAAUCCCUCCCGUCAUCAGCGAUAACAGCACUCGAAGGCAUGUAUUAUGUGUAUUGAACACGAGUUACCCUGUGAUCACAUACGUGGGCGCGAACGUAACCCUCCGAUGUUAUGGAUCGGGUUAUCCGCCGCCUUUCAUCAGUUGGAGACGAGAGCAAAAUCAGAUACUUCCCAACGGAAUGGCAUACUUUCGUGGCAAUCAUCUCCGGUUAGACAACAUCACGAAAGACCACAGGGGGACCUACUAUUGUGUGGCCGACAACGGGGUCAGCAGUGGUGCGCGAAGACACGUCGGCGUUGAGGUGGAGUUCCCACCGUUCAUAUCGAUAGCUCGGCCACAAACAGGUCAGGCGCUGCAGUACGACGCCGACCUUCACUGUCAUAUCGAGGCGUUUCCGAGUCCUAGUGUUGUUUGGCUGAAGGACGGGCAGGUGUUGAACGACAACCAACACUACCAGAUCUCCAUCUUUGCCAGAAGUGACGAAUUCACGGACACAACACUUCGGGUGAAACGCAUUGAGAAGAGACAGUACGGUCUGUACACGUGUCGGGCCGUCAAUAAGUUAGGCCAGAGGGAGGAAACGAUUGAAUUGGUUGAGACGGUGAACGUGGUCUGUCCGCCGGCCUGUAAUGUUGGCCUCCAAUACACUUCACACGCAACGCGAAUCUUGUCGUCCUUUUUGUAUAAAAUAGCGGUUCCGUUGAGUCUCGUCCUCAGCGCCCGAUAUAUAAGCUAUGCUUAA